AUGGGCGACCACACCUACACCACCCCCAGCGUUCCCCCCACCGCCAGCACCGGAGAAGGAGGUGCCAGCAGCCCAGACGCCUCCAUCUGGGCCACUUACCAGUCGCACACCACCUCCACCCGCCUCUCCACCGACACCAUCUUGCAGUCCGCCCUGCGCGCCACCUACCCCUCGCACCACCUCGCCGUCACCACAUCCCCCUUGCUCAAAUACGCCAAAGCAGGGCACGCGACGGCGACGCCCCGCGCCGAUGGCCCGCCGCUGCUGCGCAAGAGGGCGUACAUUCCGCCAACCCGAAGGCUCAAGAAGACGUCUAACCUUGGAAAGGGCGAGAAGAUGGAGGAGGAGAGGGGCAAGCUGCGCGACGCGGUGAGCUUCGGCGUGUAUGAUUAUGUGUGGCAGGAGGAGCAUUUCGUGAUGUACGUGGCGGAGGGGCAGAACGGGGCCAUAGACGACCCGGCGACGUUGUUUUACGUACUCAAGGAAGCCACUGAUGCGUCCCCUGCCGAAGAAACAGAACAAGAGGAGGAAGAGGAUCGAGACGUGCGGACAGGCAAUUCCCCAACGACCGACGCACUGCUGCUCGCAGCGAAUAAGUGGGCAGAGCAGAGCAACAACGAGGUGUGGGUGUUCGACCAGGGGUUCUGGCGCCCGGACAGCGAGCUGUCGGCGGACGCGGUGCGCGACAUCGACCUGGACGACAUCAUCCUGGAGCCGGCGACGAAGGAGGCCAUCAUGCGCGACGUCGUCGGCUUCUUCGGUGCCCGCGAACAGUACGCUCGCUUCGGCACGCCCUGGAAGCGCGGCCUCAUCUUUCACGGAACCCCUGGGAAUGGGAAGACGAUGACGGUCAAGGCCAUCAUCAAGACUCUUUUGAUGAUGCCGGACCCUGUUCCGACUCUAUACGUCAAGACUUUUGAGCAGCAGUGUCACGGCCCUCAGCAGUCGGUGCGCCAGAUCUUCGAAAAGGCGAGGCGGAUGGCGCCAUGCCUGCUGUUGUUUGAGGAUGUGGACUCUUUGGUCAAGGAUGAUGUGAGAUCGUACUUCCUCAACCAGAUCGAUGGGCUCGAGAACAACGAUGGAAUUCUGAUGAUUGGCUCAACCAACAACUUGGACAAGCUCGAUCCAGGCCUUUCAAAGCGGCCCUCUCGCUUCGACCGGAAGUACCGUUUCAAACUCCCCUCUUUGGAAGACCGCAUCCGUUACUGUGACUGGUGGAGAGCGAAAUUUGCCGACAAUCCAGACCUUGCCAUGGAUGCGGACGUCUCAAAGCGUAUUGCGGAGCUAAGUGAUGGUUUCAGCUUUGCCUAUCUGAAAGAGACUUGGGUUGCUUCUCUCUUAUCGUUGGUCUACUCAACGUCUUCAGUGGGCACGAAGGAGGUGUCCGGCAAGUUGCCUGAAGUGCUGGAGAAUCAAAUCAAAAUCCUCAAGUCGGAGAUGGCAGAGGAUAUGUCCAGCCUCGACCGCAAUCCUUUCCGCGUAUUCACGACCCUACUCCGACCAGAGCUGCUAGAAUCAGAGAAGGCGCGAGAGUUGGCAUUAUCCCUUUUGGAGAAGCGGAAGAUAUUCACCGACUUGCUGUUCGAAUUACUCGACACGGCAGAGGAUCAGGGCGGCAAGCUCAGUGCUGAACAGGCAGAUGCCUUCAUCGACCAGGCCCUUCUAACCUUCAGCUGGCGCUCUGUCGCUGCGGCUACCAUUGACCAAUACAAUGCGCUCAAGGCAGAGCAUCCGAUCCUGGCCGACAUCGCCUGGUUCCAGAGCGCACAUAUCAACCAUCUCACGCCUCGCAACUUGGACAUUUCUGCUGCCCAUGUGGUCAUGCGGGAGGCUGGCAUGGCGGUCAAAUCGCGUAUCGAGGGCCCGCCGCGGCGCAAGUGCCCCAUUCUCCUGCGGCAGACGAGCUUCCUCGCACUCGAAGAGACGGUCAAUUUCAUGACAUACGAGGAUACCCAAGCCGCUAAAAAUGAGCUAUCACCGCAGAGCGACCUGGUCAAGGCAAGUCACAAGGCGCAUUUUGGUGAGAUCGAGGAGCGAGGUGCGGCGGUUACGGUGAAGGGCCGGCAACUAUAUGACAAGCUUUUGAGUGAAGGCAUGAUGAAGACGAUUGGUGCAGACCCCAAGAAUGUGGACGUAACCAUGGAAGAGACCUUCAAGCAGUAUCCUGAUGACUGGACCGAGUUGAGAAAGCAAGGGCUCAUAUAUUGCCAUUUUCGGUGCACGAAGAAGGCAGUACUAAAACCUACGAAACGAAACGGCACCGAGUCGUUGCUCGAGCAACUGAUCGCAGGAAAUAUUAUAGAGCCGUCGCCCAUCACGUAUGAGGAUUUCCUGCCUUUCUCUGCUGCGGGUAUUUUUCGGUCAAAUCUACAGCCACAGGCCAAGGGCCUUGCCAUAGUAGCGGACAUGAAUCGGUCUUCAGCAGAUUUGGAGGGAUUCGAGGAAGCAAUGCAGGCAACUCUUCUGGGCGUGGACGAAUGGUAUAGGCAGGCUCAGAUGAAAAGUUUGGAGGAUGUUGCUCGAGAGUUGGGACUGUCGAUGGGAGAUUUACUUUGA